GCUCCCAUGUCUAUUUCAGUACUUUUUACUUACUUCUGGCUCCUUGCUUAGUUCAUUUCACCUGGUUUGGGAGGCCUAAGAGUGGUAAAAGGUUGGCUUGCUAUUUCUUUUCUUCAACAAAUUGUAUUUCUGGCCAUCGAAUGUUCUAUAAAGUAACAGAAACAUGUCUGUUUUGCUACAGCGUCCCUGCUCAAAUGACAUUAUUUGGAUUUCCUGGUGAAUUAGGGCAGUUUGAGGCUUGACCAGUGAUCUCACAUCAAAAUGGAAUACAAGAUUGAAAGAUGGGCAUCGAUGAGACCAAACACCACACAGCAAGGAAUCUUUAAAUGUAAAGAAGCAUAAACUACAAUGCACACAAGGUAUGCUGCAAUUUCAGCCUGCAAGCCAGGAAACAGAUAAUUAUUUGAGGAUUUUGGAAGGUGAAUUUGUAAAUGCAAGACAACGUUGAUGCAAGACUGAGUGAGACAACUGAGUUGAAAUGAGUUUUCUGGAUAACCGCCAUAUGAGUCACAGAGGAAGAAUGCAGAAGCACUACAAAUAUACGGAUGGCUUUAGUGACAUGUCAGGCAUUGGAAGUUUUAUGGAUGAUACUGACAGAGAAGUUAGCAAUCUGACAGACCGUGCAUUUAGAAGUUUAUGCAUUGGGGAAGAAGCCAUCUAUAAUGACUCAGAUUUUGCUGUCUCUCCACUUGAACGCAGUUUCAUUGAUAAUGUGCAAAAUAAAAACCCAGAUAUCCUGAAAAAGUCUGUAAAAGAAAGACAUACCGUUAGUAUUAAAUCUAAAGAAGUGGAAGAAAAUUCUGAAGUUGCUGUAACAUUCCAGCAGUCAGUCAGGCACAGUUCCAAAGAAGCAGAAAAUGGCAUAAAAAAUGAUAUAGCAACUCAUCUGAGCAACGGUGUUAUUGGGGCAAGCUGUAGACCAAAAAAGAACAUCUCAAAAGUAUCUUCCCUGAUUAAGGCAUUUGAUAUAGUAGAAAAUGACUGUGACAGUAGCAUAAACCUGGACAACAAACAAUGCAUUGUAGCAGCUACUAAAAAUGAUAGAAUGCAUAAAGAAAGUGACUUUGCAUCAUGGGAUAAAUCUGCCCUGUUGAGUAUUGAGAAAGAAUUAUCUGAAUUCUCUGUUGCCUAUCAGCAAAACUAUAUGUCAAGUAAGAAAUCUGAUGAAGAUGAUAGAAAGAAAAAAAUGUAUAAUUUACUCCCAGCCAGAAACAAUUUGCAAUCCUCUGACAUGAUAAUAACUCAUAAGUCCACAGUGGACCCAAAUAAUAGUAAAGGGAAAAGGUUGAGCUUCAGGAAUUGUUUUCUUCAUAGUGAAUACAGUCCAUUCAGGUCAUGGAAAGAUUAUAAUGAAUUUCCAUUUGAGAAAGAAGAUGCGGAAGACCUUUUGCCCACAAAUGGAAUCCCUAAAUGGUACGACUCUCCUGUUUACAAAGAACUUACAGCAGCACAUAGAAUUAGAACCCCACCAAAUGAGGACAGGAAAAUGCUAAAACACCAAAAAGAUGAUGCCUGUAUCACAGGGUGUGCAUCAUCUUCUGUUUUGCAAAAAGCCUCCAUGCUUGAGAAAAGAAGUGAAUCAGAAAUGGGGCGUACCUGUCCACCGUGGAGAAGAAAUAGAAACAUGAUUAAAAACAAACUUCCCCUUCCUCGUCCCUGUACUGUUUCACCAUUUAGUGAAAAAUGUAGUAGAAAAGAAGACAGCAAUUUUUCUUUCACAAAGUCAACACCAACCCUCCACAAAGUGCACACAGUUGUGGAUGGACAAAUACCGAGCUUUAACAUUUCCAAACUCUUGACACCAGUUAUUCAUGCUAGACAAGAUACGGAAACAUCUGAAAUCCUACAAAGUGUGUUAUCUCCACCAAUCAUUGACUUAACAACGUCACAUGAAAAUGAAUUUAAAGCUGUUGCUGAGAGCAAAUUACGUGACAGUUAUAAAUCUAUGGCUUCAAGCUUGUUAUUUAAUCUUAAAGAUAACAGGAAAAGAGUAAAAAGUACUUAUAGCCCAUCUACCUUUCGAAGCCACCAAAUACAAGACCGAAAUAAACAGACCUCAAACCAAGAGGUAAUUCCGAAAAAUGUGCCGAUUAGCUCAGACCCUCCUGUUAAUUCUUCUACACAAUUACAAAGGACAGACAUCACCCCUAGCAUCGCCUCCACUUCGCAAACAUUGAACACACAAAUCGCUGAUAAAAGAGAAGCUGCUGUAUGUAUCUCAGAUGACUAUCUGACAUUAAGUUCACCUCAAACCAUAAAAGAGGCUGCUAAUUCCAAAGGCCUCAGUCAUGUAAUGCAGGAAGCUGCAAUACAUAAAACGAGAUCUGUUGAAAGCGAAAGUAGUAUAAACAAUGGUUUAUACUAUUGCCCCAGAUCGAGUGAAGUCACCUUGCGAAAGAGACCAGAAUACCCCUCUUUGAAACUGUACAAGAAAGAGGAUAUUGUGAAGGAAGAAACCAAAGAAAUACCAGUAUUAACAAAGAACCCUCCACAGUCUAGUUCACCACAAGAGAAUGAUAAUGUUGAAAAGCAUACUGCCAUCCAAAAUAUUAGCAGCUUCCACAAGACGCAGACAACCCCUAGCUUUCCCUUGCAGGAAAGCAGUGUGAAGCACAGUCCUGGUGUUUCGUGUAAAGGAAGUACAGAUGGUAGAACAAAGCCCUCUAAACAAUCAUAUUUAUCAUUAGAAGGCCGCCAGCAAAGUGAUUUGGAUCACAAUUUGAAUGAAGAGUUAACUUUGAGGAAUGGAAAUGGUAAUGAUGAAAAGAGUCACAAGGUUAAAAAUACUGCAGAUGAGACAAAGAAGGAAAUUGAAAAUAUAGAGUUGCAGUAUUAUGCACUAAGUAACCAUGAAAGUGAGAGAGAAAGUGAAGUUGAGAGCCAUCCGACACCUAUGAGAAAUCAAAGUACAUCCCCAAAGGAAGAACAUGAUUUGCCUUCGAAUGGUGUGGAGGAAAGAAGCUGGGUUCAUUGUUUAAUAGAUGAUGCUAUGGCUUACACACCAGUAUCAUCAUCUACCGCAUCAUCUCCGUCUUCAGUAAAGGGAAAUUGGUUUAAAGUUAAAGACAACACGUUCCAGACAUCACCUGUAAUCAAGUCUGUAAAAGCACCAUUGCAAAAAAUAUUUCAAGAGGAUGUUGAGGUGAAUGGCCUUAGUGGAAGUGGAAGCAGUCCUGAGAAAUUUGAAAUUGCAAAGGCCUAUUAUGAAGAGUAUGACAAAGACCGAGUUACAGAGAAAAUCCCUCUUACAGGUGAACCCCCGGUUACAAGUGAAGGCUCAGUUAAAGGUGAGGGCUCAGUUACAAGUGAAGGCUCAGUUAAAGGUGAAGUCCCAGUUACAAGUGAAGGCUCAGUUAAAGGUGAAGUCCCUGUUAGAAGUGAAGGCUCAGUUAAAGGUGAAGGCUCAGUUAAAGGUGAAGGCUCAAUUAAAGGUGAAGAACCUGUUAGAAGUGAAGGCUCAGUUAAAGGUGAAGCCCCUGUUACAAGUGAAGGCUCAGUUAAAGGUAAAGCCCCGGUUACAAGUGAAGGCUCAGUUAAAGGUGAAGCCCCUGUUACAAGUGAAGGCUCAGUUAAAGGUAAAGCCCCGGUUGCAAGUGAAGGCUCAGUUAAAGGUGAAGCCCCGGUUACAAGUGAAGGCCCAGUUACAAGUGAAGGCUCAGUUAAAGGUGAAGCUCCUGUUACAAGUGAAGGCUCAGUUAAAGGUAAAGCCCCAGUUACAAGUGAAGGCUCAGUUAAAGGUGAAGCCCCAGUUACAAGUGAAGGCUCAGUCAAAGGUGAAGCUCCUGUUACAAGUGAAGGCUCAGUUAAAGGUAAAGCCCCAGUUACAAGUGAAGGCUCAGUUAAAGGUGAAGCCCCAGUUACAAGUGAAGGCUCAGUUAAAGGUGAAGUCCCAGUUACAAGUGAAGGCUCAGUUAAAGGUGAAGCCCCUGUUAGAAGUGAAGGCUCAGUUAAAGGUGAAGUCCCAGUUACAAGUGAAGGCUCAGUUAAAGGUGAAGCCCCUGUUAGAAGUGAAGGCUCAGUGAAAGGUGAAGUCCCAGUUACAAGUGAAGGCUCAGUUAAAGGUGAAGCCCCUGUUAGAAGUGAAGGCUCAGUGAAAGGUGAAGCCCCUGUUAGAAGUGAAGGCUCAGUUAAAGGUAAAGUCCCAGUUACAAGUGAAGGCUCAAUUAAAGGUAAAUCCCCAGUUACAAGUGAAGGCUCAGUUAAAGGUGAAGUCCCAGUUACAAGUGAAGGCUCAGUUAAAGGUAAAGUCCCUGUUAGAAGUGAAGGCUCAGUUAAAGCUGAAGCCCUGGUUAGAAGAGAAGGCUCAGUUAAAGGUGAAGCCCCUGUUAGAAGUGAAGGCUUAGUUAAAGAUGAAGUCCCACUUACUGAUGAAGUUGAAUGCUUAAUUCAGCUGAAUUCAGUGCGAGUGGAAGAAGGAAGUCAAUUGAUUGUAAACGCAAAGUCAGAAGACAUAGAAAGUUGUGCCGCAAGUACCGUACACAUAGACGAAAAGGUUGCAAGUGCUGUCUGCACAGAAGAAGAAAAACAUCUGAAAGAUGUUAGUGAAAGGUCAGAUUCAAUCAGUAGCGUUAGUGAAAAUAAACCAUUAGGCAAACCACCCACUGUUCCCCCGAAAACUGAAAAAGGACUUAGACGUGCCAAGAAGCUUACCAACAGAAGAAAAAAGGCUGAAACAAAGCCAAAAACAGAAAGUACUAGUCGAAUCGAAAAGAAACCUAUCAGAACAGUUUCCAGUGUGCCAUCAUCUCCUACACAUAUGUCGCCAUCACCAAUACCUAUGAAUUCAACACCAGUACUACAGCCUGUGCACCUUGAACCAAAGGCUGCUUCACCAGUCCCUAAUAUUGUGACAGCACCAUUAAUCCAGUCUUUCCCAAUUACCCAAAGAAAGCUGCUACAAGACCCUGAGUCUGGUCAAUAUUUUGUUGUAGAUAUGCCUGUCCAAGUGAAAACUAAAACCUUUUUUGAUCCAGAAACUGGAAAAUAUAUUCAGUUAUCUAUUCGAUCAGCGGAAGGCGGAUUAUCACAUGCAUCAUCGUUGGAGGUUUUGAACCCUCCUUAUGUAUUAUAUCCUGGAUUUCUGCCCUUACCUGUCACAUCUUUACCACUGAGGUCGUCUUCUGAGAUGUCAGCACCGGCAGCUCUUAUGGAUGAUCAGGAAAUAAAUGAACUUUCAGAGAUCUGGGCACAGGAUGCUAUUAACCAGAAGUACAAUGAAGAAAGUCACCCGUACAUCGAGCCUGUGUAUGAUUCUCAUAAUCAACUGACUGAUGGAUCAAUGUACAGUGAAGAGAAAGAAGGUAGCAGCCACAAGAACUUGGACAUAAUACCAAUGAGUGAAUUAGAAGAUUUUGCAGUUGAAAGCAUUUUAUAGAUUCAGGGAUAUAAAAAAAAAAGCAUUCUUAAACUUGUUUAGAAACACCCAGCAAAAACAGAACACGGAUAUGAAAGAACAUAUUAAAACUUUUUUUAAGAACAAGUUAUGGAAAUAAAAGUACAUUCUUACUACUUUCCCUUUUAGUUUAACUGUAAUCUAGUUUAGAAACUGGGAUUCAUACAACUUUUCAUUAUAAAUGAAUUAAACAAAAUGCGCUCUCUCUCUCUCCUCUCUCGCUCUCUCUCUCUCUCUCUCUCUCUCUCUCUCUCUCUCUCUCUCUCUCUCUCUCUCGCUCACUCUCUCUCUCUCUCUCUCUCUCUCUAUAUAUAUAUAUAUAUAUAUAUAUAUAUAUUAAUUGAAUGAAAACAAUAGAUAAAUCAAUGCUGUUUUUGAAAGAAUGUGUUGUGCUAUAAAAGGAAACCAUUCCAUUGAAAAGGCCUAUUCUUAAAAAAAAAUAGGUGACCUUAUAUGUUGGGCAUUUGUCUGGUGGUUUUUAAAUUAUAUAUGCCCAUUUUUUUUUUUUUUUCAAAUAGAAUGACAGUGCUUCAUCACAGCAUUUUAGCCGUAAAAGGCUGCAUGUUUCAAUUGCAUUUUUUUUUUCUUGGUAACAACUGUUUUUGGUGACUAUACAGUACACAUUAAUGAAUAUCAGUGCUGUAAAUUAUAAUUUUUCACUUAUCACAGUGGUUCUUUUUGAUUUGUUGUUAUAUACUUAAAUGCAGAUUUUAAAAAUAAAAAAUGUGCUACUAGCUAUUUGCAAAUAUACAGUGUUGUCCAAUUGAAGCUGCUGUGAUUUCCUAAGACAAAUGUUUUAGACUAGUAAGGAACAUUCUAUUAAUUCAUUGUAUGACAAUACAGAGAACCUAUGCAGUUAAAACAUGUAUGAUUUUUUUGCUCUCACUUAUAUUGCAUCUUCUUAUGGUGGCUCAUUAAGGAUAAAAAAUAAAUAGAAGAUCAUUUAUCUCAGGAACUCAACAUUACAACCAUUAUGUCGAGAUCACAAGAUAAAUGAUCUCAGGAUCGAGACAUAACACAUUUAGAUUUUUUCCCCAUCACUUCAGUGAGCCACCGUACCAUCUUUAACAAAAUAGUAGUCUAUAAUGUUUUAACAUUGUAAAGCACUAAAUGUUAUGGUUUUCACAGAUUUCACAGAUAUAUAUAUAUUUGUGCAAUAUCUCUUAGGAUUUAAGAAAUGUAAAUUAAAUUAUUUGACAUUUUGAUCCUCCUUUUAGGAUAUAAGCAAAGAUAAUUAAGGUUUUUUUUAUAUAUGUUUUUUUUCUUUUAUCAUUUCUUAAAACGCCUGAUUAAAUCAUAUCAAACUGUUGAAAGAAGUAUCUUUUUACUUGACGUGACCUGCUGUUUCAGAGAUAACUUCUUUGUUACAAAAAAAUAAAAAUUUACCAACUUUA